AUGGAGAAAACUCAUGGCGAAUCAGAUUUUCCAUGUUUGAAAUGUCGAUUAUUAAUUUUUGCUUGUCUUUGUACUAUUAUCAUUUUUUUUUUAACAAAAAUCCCUAUUUGUCGAUAUUUCAUUAAAAUGAUAGCUUAUUAUUUAACAGUAUUGACAACUACAAUUCUUUGUUGUACUAUUAGUACGGCAAUUUAUUUCUUCGGGGAUGUACCAAAAUUCAUUUUUGGUGCAUUUCGCAUCCUUGCAUCUUGGACAAAUAUAAAAUACGAAGUGCGCGGAUCUCAAAAUUUUGAUGGAAUCGGGCCUUUUGUUGUUGUAUCCAACCAUCAGAGUUCUCUGGAUAUUUUAUCACUUGCUCACGUUUGGCCUGAACGUUGCACAGUGAUGAUGAAACAGUCGUUGCGAUGGGUACCUUUCCUCAAUUAUGUGGCAUUUCUUUCGAGAGCGAUAUAUGUUGAUCGUUUUUGUCACACGAAAGCAGUUCAUGCGAUUAAAACUUCCGCAGAUACAAUUAUAGCCAAAAAUACAAGUGUUUGGGUAUUUCCGGAAGGAACUAGAAACCAUGAAGGUGGUAUGCUGGCUUUCAAAAAAGGUGCUUUUAACAUCGCUGUUCAGGUGCAAAUCCCCAUUGUACCAGUGGUAAUAUCUUCAUAUCGACCAUUCUAUGAUAAAAAUUUAAGAAUCUUCAAUGAAUAUGGUUACGUUAUUAUUGAAGUCAUGGAACCGGUAUUAACCAAAAAUAUGAGUUUGGACGAUGUACCCUUGCUAACUGAUAGAGUACGUGAACAAAUGAUGGAAGUUUACGAGAGGAUUAGCGGAGAAGCCGCAGAAAAGUGUAAAUUAAAGACAUCAUUUAUGUUGAGAUGUAUUAGCAUUUAG